UCUCACAGCAUUUUCUUUUGGCUGACUUUGAAAGAUGUUGUGCAUCUCUCUGUUUCUGCUCCUUGCUUCCCAUGCAGCUUUGAGCCUAAGAAUCUGCUCUUUCAAUGUGAGGUCAUUUGGAGAAGCUAAGAGAACAAGACCAGAAAUCUUGGACGUCAUUGUAGAGAUUAUAUCUCGCUGUGACAUCAUGCUACUGAUGGAAAUAAAAGACAACAGGAACAGAAUAUGUCCUUCUCUGUUGGAGAAACUGAAUGGACGUUCACAAGAACAGUACAGUUACAUGGCCAGCAGAAGACUAGGGAGAAACAGCUAUAAGGAACAAUAUGCUUUUUUCUACAUACCAAAAAUGGUAUCUGUGAAAAAAAGCUAUCAGUACCCAGAUGUGCAACCUGGCAAUGAAGAUGCACUAUCCAGGGAGCCUUUUGUUGUUUGGUUCACUUCUCCAGGCACUGUGGCUCAGGAAUUUGUGAUCAUCCCAUUGCACACAACACCUGAAAAGGCUGUGCAGGAAAUUGAUUCGCUUUAUGAUGUCUACCUGGAUGUAAAACGACACUGGAAGUCUAAGAAUUUCAUCUUCAUGGGAGACUUCAAUGCUGGCUGUGGCUAUGUUCCAAGGAAGCAAUGGAAGAACAUCAGACUAAGAAAUCACAGUGAAUUUGAAUGGCUGAUUGAUGAUCAAACUGAUACAACUGUGAAGGCAAGCACCCACUGCCCUUAUGACAGGAUUGUGCUCCAUGGAGAUAAGCUCAUAAAUGCUGUCGUGCCAAACUCAGCAAAUAUCUUUGAUUUCCAGAGUGCCUUUGCAAUGACUGAAGCACAGGCUUUAGCCGUGAGUGAUCACUUUCCUGUAGAGUUCCAGCUGAGAACUACCAAAUCCUCUCCAAGAAGGACAAAACAUCAGAGACAUCGCAGAAAUAAAAAAAUACUUUAAUGGGCCACAAAUCUACAAAAAGCAACAUCUUUAAAAAUAAAAGAAAAGAGCAAUAUCCAUAUUAACAUUUUAAAAUGCACAUCUCCUUCCUAUAUGAGAUAUGUCACCAAAAGCAAAAUGAAAUGCUUGUGUUAUUCAAAAUAAACUACCAGUAUUCUAAAAUAAAGAUGCUGAAAUUAACGUUGACAUAAAUGAGACAGCCUGAAUGCCUUCAAAAGGGGUUAUUUGGUGGAGAUGUUUAUUCAGAAUUGCUUGUGGUCUCUGUUAGUUCAUUUAGCUUCUUCAGCAAAAAAAUAAAAAAAAAUAAAAUAAAAUGCCAAGAACUAACAGCUA